AUGGCUGCUGCACUUAUAGCAUCUUCGUCCAGAUGGGCACAGCUGCUUCUGCUGGCGGCAGCUCUAUGCUGCCUGUUUUCUCCAUCUGGCUUCUGUAAGCGUAACAGAGCCUACGCCGAUUCUGCCGCCUCUCUAUUCUCCUCAUGGACUAGCCCUUACGUCCUCGACUCCGCAUCUAUCACCUUCUCCAAUGGCCAGUUGUCGGGAACUAUCCUCAAGACCAUUGCAAAUUCCGAUGAAGCCGUUCGUCUGCCCGCCACCAUCUCUUUCUUCGAAUCUGGUACCGCCAGAAUUACUGUUGAUGAAGAGAAACGUCAGAAGGGAGAUAUCGAGCUUCGUCAUGGCUCAAAGGCCCGGAAAGAGCGUUACAACGAGGCCGAGAAGUGGGCUAUCGUUGGUGGAACCAAACUUAGCUCUGGUGCUGCAACUGCUAAGGAUGCCGAAGCUGGUACCACUAGAAUCUUGUAUGGCCCUGGAAGCAAGUUCGAGGCCAUCGUCACUCACUCUCCCUUUGGCAUUGAGUUCAAGAGAGACGGUGAGACGCACAUCAAGCUCAACGACAGAGGCUUGAUGAAUGUGGAGCACUGGCGCCCCAGAGUUGACAAGCCACAAGAGGAGAAGAAGGAAGGCGAGGCUGAAGCCGACGAGGCGAAGAAGGAGGUUACUGAAGACGAGAGCACAUGGUGGGACGAGGCCUUUGGUGGAAAUACCGAUACCAAACCGCGAGGUCCUGAAAGUGUAGCUCUCGACGUUACAUUCCCUGGUUACGAGCAUGUCUUUGUGNGCGGCGAAGGUAACUUCAACGAUCCCUACCGUCUUUACAAUGCCGAUGUUUUCGAAUACGAGAUGAACAGCCCGAUGACACUCUACGGCGCAAUCCCUUUCAUGCAGGCUCACAAGAAAGACUCGACUGUUGGUGUCUUCUGGCUUAACGCUGCAGAGACUUGGAUCGACAUUGUCAAGUCCAAGUCGAGUGCCAACCCACUCAGUCUUGGAAUUGGAUCUCAUACUGACACACAGACUCACUGGUUUUCUGAGUCUGGCCUGCUUGACAUCUUUGUCUUCCUUGGUCCUACACCCAAGGACGUUAUCUCAUCCUUCUCCGAAUUGACCGGUUACACUCAGUUGCCUCAGCAAUUUGCCAUUGCCCACCACCAAUGUCGUUGGAACUACGUUACCGACGAAGACGUCAAGGAUGUCGACCGCAAGUUCGAUAAAUCGCAAAUCCCAUACGACGUCAUCUGGCUCGACAUUGAAUACACUGAUGGCAAGAAAUAUUUCACCUGGGAUCCUCUGACCUUCCCUAAUCCGCUUGAAAUGCAAAAGCAGCUCGAUGACCACGAGAGAAAGCUUGUUGCUAUCAUCGAUCCUCACAUCAAGAACGAGGGUGGUUACUCUGUCGUCGACGAGCUCAAGUCCAAGGAUCUCGCGACUCACAACAAGGAUGGCAACAUCUACGAAGGUUGGUGCUGGCCUGGCUCUUCUUACUGGGUUGACUGCUUCUCUCCUGCUGCCCGUAAGUGGUGGGCACAGCUGUUCCAGUAUGCAAAGUUCAAGGGCUCUGCUCACAAUCUUUGGUUGUGGAAUGACAUGAACGAGCCUUCUGUUUUCAACGGUCCAGAGACUACGAUGCCUAAAGACAACUUGCACCAUGGCAACUGGGAGCACAGAGAUGUUCACAACCUCAACGGUCUUACACUUGUCAAUGCCACUUUUGAAGGUCUUGUCGCACGCAACAAGGNNGAGGAAGAGAAGGCUGGAGGAGUCAGACCCUUUGUCUUGACUCGCUCGUUCUAUGCAGGCUCGCAGCGUAUGGGUGCCAUGUGGACUGGCGACAACCAAGCAGACUGGGAGCACCUUGAAGCAUCCCUGCCUAUGAUCCUCUCUUUGGGUGUCUCUGGUUUCCCUUUCGCUGGCGCUGACGUCGGUGGUUUCUUUGGCAACCCUUCCCGAGAGCUACUCACCCGCUGGUACCAGGCUGGAGCUUUCUAUCCUUUCUUCCGUGCCCAUGCUCACAUCGAUACUCGCCGCCGUGAACCUUACCUUCUGCCAGACCUCGAGAAAGGCAUCGUCACACAAGCUUUGAGACUUCGUUACGCCCUCCUCCCUGCAUGGUACACUGCAUUCCACGCAGCAAGCAAGACCGGAGCGCCAAUUGUGCAGCCUAUGUACUACGCACAUCCAGGAGAUGAGAAGGGCUUUGCUAUCGACGACCAGAUGUAUCUUGGAUCGACUGGCCUCCUAGUCAAACCUGUUACCAAGGAAGGCUCAACCAGUGUCGAUAUCUACUUGCCAGAUGGCGAGAAGUACUUUGACUACUCAGACUACACAAGUUACAGCGGUCCUGGCCAUGUCAAGAUCGAGGCGCCUCUGGAANAGAUACCACUUCUCAUGAGAGGUGGCCACAUCGUUCCCAGACGUGAUCGCCCAAGAAGAUCUAGUGGGCUGAUGAAGUUCGACCCUUUCACACUUGUUGUUGUUCUCGGUAACGAUGGCAAUGCAGAAGGCGAGCUUUACCUUGACGAUGGCGAGUCUUACGAUUACGAGCAAGGCGCAUACAUCCAUCGCCGCUUCACAUACACUGGCUCGAGGUCGUCGCUUGCAUCGGAGGAUGUCAGCACCAAGGACAAGAAGACGGCGCAAUACCUUCAGCAGAUGAAGAAUGUCAGAGUAGAGAAGAUUGUGAUUGUAAACGCGCCGUCAUCAUGGAAGAGCAAGACAGAAGUUGAUGUGUCGGAGGAGGGAGUUAGCAGUAGCGGUGAGAGCAAGAAGGCUGGAUUCGGCUUUAUCAGUGGGGAAUCAGGCAAAGCAGAUUGGGCAGUUGUUAGAAACCCAGGCGUCAGCAUUGGCGGAGGGUGGAAGAUCAGCUUCGCAUAA